AAGAAAGCUUCUUUGUGCCCUCCCCAUGCACACUCAAAAAAGAAUGAAGGACAAGCUAAUGGUGAUAGUGACCAUAUAACCGCUCACUAACAGGACGCAUUCGGACGGUAAAAAACAAGAUAAUCAACAAAUAAAAAUGUCUGACAGAAUCGUAGAUGAGGAACCAGUAGCUGUCACUCACACAGGACCAAAGGGUGUCAUCAAUGACUGGCGUAAAUUUAAACUGGAGAGCACGGACCAGGAGGCUCUGCCUCCCAACAAGAGAGAGCUGCUGAGACAGAUGUCAUCCCCCCACAAACCCAAGGACUCUUGUGUGGGUGGAUUCAAUCGCAAGAUGAGUGCUCAGGAGUACGAGCUGAUAAAAGAAGAUGAUGAGAAAAGUCUGCGCAAGUACCGCAAGCAGUGCAUGCAGGAGAUGCACGAGCGCCUGAGCUUCGGGCCCAAAUUUGAGGGUGUUUACGACCUUGACAGUGGCGAGGCCUUUCUGGAGGUCAUUGAGAAGGAGCACCGGCUCACAGUGGUGGUGGUGCACAUCUUCAAAGAUGGAGUGCAGGGGUGCGAGGCGCUUAACAGUUGCAUGGAUUGCCUGGCCACAGAAUAUCCCAGCGUUAAAUUCUGCCGCAUUAGCGCGGCCGCCACUGGAGCUGGUGAGCGUUUCUCGGAUGACGUGCUUCCUGCCUUGUUAGUCUACAAGGCAGGAGAGCUUCUGGGGAACUUCCUGGCUGUUACGCAGCAUUUCAGCGAGGAGUUCUUUGCUACCGAUGUGGAGGCCUUCCUCAAUGAGUAUGGACUGCUGCCAGAAAAAGAAUGCGGCCCUGGAGCUGAUGAGGAUGAAGCAGAUGUUGAGUGAUGAAAGAUGGCAGAGAGUAAGAAUGGAUGUAAUGAAUGGAAGGAAUGUUUUUAUGAAUAUGAUGAGAAUAAGUUACAUUAUUCUUCCAGCUAACAUGAUGAGAUGCAUCCGUGUGCACAUCAGCUCAGGGUAAAGAUCUCUUUGAGCACAGUAGAGAAAACUACAGAACAACAAGGAAAGGAAUCAAGUCAAGAAAAAUAAUGAGAUAUUAAACUAUCAUGUUUUCCCAUAUAAACAAAUAGACAACUGCAAGGAUAUGAAAUAGACAGUGUCAUUCGGAAUACUUAUGCACAUAUUGUACAUGUGACUGCAUGUAGCCAAAGAUGAUGCGAGUAAGAAUGGUCCAUGGUCAGUUUUAAAGAUCUUUCUUUAGAAGCAGCAUAACACUGUAUUUUCUAAUGGCUUCUGUGAAUUGCUUCUUAAAGAAAUAGUUCACCCAAAAAUAAAAAAACGGAUGAAAAUGUACUCACCCAACAAACAUGAGACGUCCACCCGACGUGCAGAUCAUGUCUAUAUUCCGACAAAGACGUUGAAAUGACGUCGUUUGGACGUCGUUUGCUCAGUGGGCACUAUCAUGCCAUCCAAGAUGUAGUUUCUUCAUCAAAACAGAUUUGGAGAAAUGUAGCAUUACAUCACUUGCUCACUAAUGGAUCCUCUGUUGUGAAUGGGUGACGUCAAAAUGAGAGUUCAUCAAAAAAUUAAUAAUUCACUAUACUCCAGUCUGUCAAAAAACAUCUUGUGAAGUGAAAUGCUAUGUUUGCAAGAAAUACAUAAAGGCAUUUUAACUUUAAACCAUUGCUUCUGGCCAGAAUACAAAUCCAUAAUUCACAUCAAAAUCAAAAGACAUCAUCAUAAUCAUAAGACAUAUUUGUUUUUAACUGUUUUGGACAGUUUAUGCUUAUAAAAAGUGCUUGAUCUGUGCAUAUUUCUCUCCUGAUUCAGAUGAAUUUUCACUGGAAAAAGCAAUAUUACAGUAUGGAUAGAGGACUUAUAAAGAUAAGAUGCUCAUUACAAAGAGACAGCUUUUUACUUCACAAGGCAUUAAUUGAUGGUCUGGAGUCGUGUUACUUGGUUACCAUAGUAUUUCUAUCAGUUGACGGCACCUAUUUACUGCAGAGCAUCCAUUGGUGAGCAAGUGAUGUCAUGCUAAUUUCUCCAAAUCUGUUCUGAUGAAGAAACAUACUCAUUUACAUCUUGGAUGGCCUGAGGGUGAGUAAAAUUUUAGCAAAUUUUCUUUUUUGGGGGCAAACUAUUUAACCUGUGCAUGAUCACCUUUAUGGUUUUCGGUGCGCAUAAAUUUUGUGAGGUUCAAGAUAAGCAGUAUCUUAAAAUUUAAUUCUGUGGUGGGGAUAAUUUAAACCUACUUUUGGUUUGCAUGCACAAGCUGUCUUACUGUAAACUGGUCUAGCUGGAAUUUUGCAUAAACCAGGAGAUUUUAUGUAAACUGUAUAUUUAGGCAUACGUAAAUAAAUGCAAACAUUGGAAACAUUGAACAUUUCCCCUGCCUGUACUGUAGAUUUAAUUAAAAAUACUUAUACACAUGCUCCACUUGCACACAAAUUACAUGUCACCCUUGAUGAAAGCAUUUGAAAAACAGAAUCAAUCAGGGGAGCAAUAAAGUAAAAUUCCAGAGAAUUUGCACCUUCCUUUAAUGUGGUUUGAGAAGCGAGAAGGCACUUGCUGAAACACAGUCUCUGCAGCUGACUUUACUGUGACCUCCAGGUUCAAAAGUUUCAUUGAAUAUUAAAGCAUAGGUACUUAUUGCACAUUUGCACAUUUUCCAGUCAUUUCCCCCAUAACUUGACAUGUUCUAAUUAUGUAUUUAUGGGAAUCUUCCUUUGAGUUGAGCUGCACAGCAAAGGCAAUGAUCAGGAUUAAGAUGAACUCCUGAUGAACCACGGGUUAUAAAGAAGUAAGCCAGCAAAUGACAUGCUACUGUUCCUGGCUACUAAAGAAGCCAGGGCUUUUCAGUUAUAUCCUCUUGUUAGAGUGGAUUUAAAUCUGUUGUUAUCUUGAAAUAGCUGGUGUAGAGUCAACAAACAAACAUAAUUCAGUAUAGCACUAUUGUGUCAUCGGUAAGCUUAAUUAGUGGCUAUACGCCCAUACUGUAAUGCUUUUAUGAGCAGUCUGUGAUCUUUUGAUCAUCUUAGUCUGGAAUCUUAUUACUGGAUUUAAACCCAAGAUCAAAAUACGGGCUGCCCCGACUUGAGCCUUUGUCAUCAUGCAGGAUAUGUUCACUUUAAUCCAACAGUUUGCGUUUUUUGAAAAUGAAUUAUUGCAGAUUAAAUAUUUUAAAUGACCUACUUAAUUUGCACAUGCAGUACUGAUAAAUACAGGCUAUAUGACUGUAUGCUUGAAUCCUAUAAUUUGGCCCUGAUUGUUGCCUUACCCAAAACUAUGUUUUUAAUCUCACCAUAGUUCAGAACAAAUUCAACAGCAUGUGGGGUCGUGAAGCAAUUUUUUUUGUUCGUCUGUUCCAUAUUUGAAAAAGACAUGCAAACCAAUUUAAGACUUACAUAUUUUCUCUUGAGGGCCAAGCCAUGCAGGCACACCCACUGAGGGCCUGCAGGGUUUGGUGAUUUUGUGGUAACGUUUUGUGUGUCUCAAGCCGAGCUCUUGCUAUAUCGUGCGACGAGGUCGUCUGUGCUUCACACGAACAUGUUCUGACAACAUCUGCACCUGACACCACGUUUGCCUCCAUCCUCUCUGCAUGCGUGAAGGAGUAGCCCAAACAGCCAAGUCCUCCUCUGGACUUAAUUCCUAAGACAUGUUGUCACGGGUUCAUGGCUCAGAUGGA